AUGGAUUUACAGAAGAAAUGGAAAAGUCUUCGAGAUAGUUAUGUGAAGGAACUGAAAAAAAUAAAAACCGUUAAGCUUGGAUCAGCAGCACCCGUUAAGUCAUCGUAUUUAUUUUUUAGGAUACUACUAUUUCUACAACCAACGGUUCAAAAAAAUGCAACAGAAAGCAGCUUUGAACCAGAUAAUGACAAUGACGAGAAUCCAGAAACAGAAAACACAAACCAGGAGAGCAGUCCUAAAACUCCAAACCAGACAGACAAAAAUUCAAACCAACAGCAACAAAGAAAAAAACCUAAGCUCCAUCCAGCUGACGAACAUUUUGCCAACAUCAUUGAGAAAAGUUUAAAUAAUAGAAAUAUCUCCGAUAAAAAGGAGGAAGAUGAAGAUAAACCAUUUUGUAUGUCGUCGUAUAAAGAAAUUAAAAARGUACCCGAGGCCAUGCGAUUUAAAACAAAGAUUGAUAUUAUAUUUAUAAUUUAA